CAGGUUUAGGUGAAACCUGUAAUAACUUAGAAAUAAGAAAGCAAACGGAUCGAUCAGUUUAAGGAUGGUAGACUUCUGGUGCCAAAAGUGGAAGCUGCCACUAUUGUUGUGUCUCACAGGACUGCUGCAGUGGGAUCUGUGCAGUGGUCAGAUUCAGGUCCAGAUCCAGAAAGGUCCUCUGUAUAGAGUGAAAGGAUACCCCAUCUCCAUAUUCUGUAACGUUACAGGGUUUACAGGACCAUCUGAGCGGGAUUUUGAGUUCAUUCUCAAGAAACAAAAUAUGACAUUAAAUAUAAUCAGUACCAGUGACCCAAACUUUGCCUACGGAUUGUUCUCCGGUAGAAUAAGAAAAAAAGAGAUUUAUGUUGAAAGGCUGUCAGGAUCUUCAGUUGUCUUGUGGAUCAAAGAUUUGCAGGAGAGUGAUGCAGGUGAUCUGCUCUGUGCGACCAAACACACAGGUGGUGCAUAUUUCGGAGAUUAUGAUGAUGAAGCAAAGCUUAAUGUGAUAGCAGACACCCUGGAGGCAUCGUACUCGGGCUCUCCUUCUCAGAGCUUGUCUGAAGGGGAUCCUCUUCAGCUUGAGUGCCAGGUCUCCAGCCAGACUUUUCAACACACUCAUCUGUCGGUCACCUGGUUUCUUCAUGAUGAAGAUGAUAAAAACCCCCGGCCAAUCAUUACUCUGGACAAAGAUCUGACUGUAAAGCCAGGAGCUGGAUUUGAGGAUUGCUAUCGUGCUGGUCUUAUCAGCAUGGACAAGGUGGAGGACACAACCUACAGACUGAAGAUGCCUCAAGUGCAGCAGUCCGACCAGGGGAAGUUCUUCUGCAAAGCCAUUGAGAGGAUCCAAGACCCAGACCGUUCCUGGACACAGAUUGCCCACAAAACCACCAAGGCAUGCGAUGUGGAGAUUAAGUUCUUAGCCUGCACCCUGACGACGGCGUCCUCAACUCCCAUUGUUCGGAUGUGUCAAUAUACAAAUAGAUUAAAUGAAACGGGACAAAUUUAAUCUUGACAAACUAUGUAUCAUUAUAAAGAUUUAUGAAUAACGAGUCAUAAACACAUCCACAGCUGUAAAUCCCGAUUUAGUUAGGAAGGUAAGGGUCCACUGAACGACAUCUCAUGGAGCCCGUUUAGUCCAACGAAGCAAUAACUUUGUAAUAUGGUUGAUAAUUUCUUUGUUUACAUUUCAGUUCUUCAGGGACAGAAUUGUUUAUGUCAGUUAUGGAAUAACUCACACUCAGAAACUGUGUCUUGGUAGUAAAAACGGCAUGGUUUUGUAGCGUACAGUGUCAGAAACAGAAUGAGACGAUCCACAAAAAAAAAUAAAAAUAAAGAUAGGCGGAAGAUUGUUUAUCUUGCGAUAUAAUAGGGAUAGCCUUUUCCUUUUUUUGUUUUAUUUUUCAACAGUUUUCAUAUAUGUUUGAGUGUGUUUUAUGUUGAAUGUGCCUGUAUCUGCAUGAUUUCCAACUGUUUUUGAGGACAAUUUUUGAAAAGUACAAAAGUACAACAUGAAGUCAUGAAAAUGGCAUGUUAUUCAAGUAGUUUUGCAUGUCACACUGGAGGAAGUUUCAAGGCUAUUUUGUGCAUUAACAUUUGCUAUUUUGUGCACUUGCAUUCUUUUAAUAGACUAUUUUAUUCAAAGCAGCUUACAAAAAAACUGUUGUUUUUUAAGUGCCAUCCGUAUGCAACUUUUAAAAGUAUAAGCUAGCAAAUAAACUA